AUGGCUGGCUGCACCUUGCUGUUCCGGGGCCUCCUCCUCGCCUUCACCCUUACCCUUGUCCUGCACCAGGUGGAGCUUUCAGUGUUUCUUCCAGCCCCGGAGGCAAACAAAGUCCUGGUGAGAUGGAGACGCGCUGGUUCUUAUCUCCUGGAGGAAAUCUUCAAGGGCAACUUGGAAAAGGAAUGUUAUGAGGAAAUCUGCAACUACGAGGAAGCAAGAGAAGUGUUUGAAGAUGAUGUCGUGACUGAAAGAUUCUGGAAACAGUACGGUGGUGGCUCUCCAUGCACCUCCCAGCCCUGCCUCAACAACGGGCUUUGCAAGGACUACAUCCGCAACUACAGCUGUGUGUGCUCCGCUGGCUAUGAGGGCAGGAACUGCGCAAUGGCUAAAAACGAAUGUCACCUCGAGAGGACCAACGGGUGCCAGCACUUCUGCCAUCCAGGGCAGUCAUCCUACAUGUGCAGCUGUGCAAAUGGCUACAAGCUGGGAACGGACCGCAAAUCAUGCAGUCCAAGUGACAAAUGUGCCUGUGGGGCUCUGACUUCCAAACACAUCAGGACACUGGAAAAAGACGGCCAGGAUCCACCUAGCUUCCCGUGGCAGGUCAGAUUAACAAAUUCCAAAGGAAAGGACUUCUGUGGUGGUGUUUUAAUCCAGGAGGACUUCGUGUUGACCACAGCAAAGUGUUCAUUACUACACAACAACAUUAGUGUCAAAGCAAAUGCUGGCCAGAGAAUUGGGAUCAAGAGCGCUCAUGUGCACAUGCGCUAUGAUGAGGAGUCAGGGGAGAAUGACCUCUCACUGCUGGAACUAGAGAAACCCUUGCAUUGUCCCAGCUCAGGGCUCCCUGUCUGUAUCCCAGAGAGGGACUUUGCCGAGCAUGUCCUCAUCCCUGGAACAGAGGGUCGCCUCAGUGGCUGGAUGCUCAAUGGCACAGACCUGGAUACCACACCGAUGAUGAUGCCGGUCACACAGGUGGAUGGGGAGGAAUGUGGACAGACCCUGAACGUGACUGUCACAACAAGAACAAGCUGUGAGAAGGGCAGCGUGGUGACGGGGCCUUGGGUGGAGGGCAGUGUGGUGACCCGAGAACACAAGGGGACCUGGUUCCUCACAGGGAUCCUGGGUUUGCCACCACCAGGGCAGUCACAUGUGUUCCUCCUCACCACAGUCCCAAGAUACUCGAUGUGGUUUAAACAGAUCAUGAAGUAA